AUGACCAAGUCACGAGUAGCGCCACUGGAGGACCUGAAGAAGAAGAAACGUAAGCAGACUACGCCCCGUCUUGAACUGUCAUCCGCCCUGCUUCUCAGUCAUUUGUACGAGAAAGUCAGUCAAGCCACCUCACUGGUAAUUCCGUCGUACUUCUGGACCGAUUCCAACAUCGUAAAAUUCUGGAUUGCGUCGGCACCAUCGCGAUGGCAAACCUUUGUGGCGAAUAGGGUGUCCGAGAUCCAGCACCUGACGAAAGGCGGCGUGUGGAAUCAUGUUGCAGGCAUUGAGAAUCCAGCAGACGUUCUUUCGCGAGGAAUAUCAGCAACACAGCUAGAGUACCAGCCACUCUGGUUCAACGGACCUGUUUGGUUGCACCAAGGUCAAAGCUUCUGGCCUGCAACUCCAAAUGUCAGCGUUGAACACUUUGAUCCAGCCUCUCUUGAAGAACGGAAAUCCGUAGCCCUGCCACUGCAAGCCACUACACCAAACGAAAUAUUCUCGCUACGGUCGACACUAUUUUCUCUCGUUCGACUGGUGGCUUUAUUACGUCGUUUCCGUCACAACUCGCAAAGAACGCACCGAACUUCCAGGAAACUCGGCUACAUUAGCACGCAAGAAUACGAAGAUGCUCUACUGCAACUGGUUCACCUCUCCCAAGAAGAAUGCUUUCCCCAGGAGAUUGCAAGUCUGUCCCGGGAGGAUCAGGUAAAGGACUCCUCUAAAAUAUCAUCACUCCACCCCAUACUACGAGAUGGUAUACUUCGCGUUGGCGGCCGGCUUCGGAAUGCAACUGUUUCGCAAAACCGGAAGCAUCCAAUGAUUAUUGAUCCACGUCAUCCUCUCGCCACGUUGGUAAUCCGCCAUUACCACGUGAAAUUGCUUCACUCCGGACAACAAGUCGUUAUCGCAAGCGCCAGAGAAAGAUUCUGGAUCCCCAAUAUUCGAAACCUGGUGCGUAAAGUUCUCCACGAAUGCGUCACUUGCUUCCGCGUCAGACCAAGAUGUUUGGAACAACUGAUGGCCGAACUGCCACCAGAAAGGGUUACACCGGCACCGCCAUUUCUGAAGGUCGGCGUGGAUUACUGCGGUCCGUUUCUAGUUUCCUACCCCCAUCGCCGAAGUACUCCAGUUAAAUGCUUCGUUGCAGUAUUCGUCUGCCUUGUAACGAAGGCAGUUCAUGUAGAACUAGUCUCCGAUCUCACAACGGAGGCGUUUUUGGCAGCACUAAAACGUUUCACCGCCCGGCGUGGACGACCGGUCCUCAUAAUGUGUGACAAUGGCACGAAUUUCGUUGGAGCAAAGCGGGAACUUCGACAGCUGUUGAACUUGUUUGAGCAGCAGCAAUUCCAGAACGCCGUAGCUUGCAACGCCGCGAAUGAAGGGAUUGAAUUCAAGUUCAUCCCAGCAAGGUCGCCGAACUUUGGCGGUCUUUGGGAAGCCGCCGUGAAGUGCUUCAAGAACGCUUUCAAGAAGGUCAUCGGAACCCGGACACUGUUGUACGACGAAAUGCAAACCGUGCUCACGCAGAUUGAAGCUGUUUUAAACUCCAGACCCCUUACCCCGCUCAGUAACGAUCCUGGAGAUUUCGAAGCGCUCACACCUGGGCAUUUUCUGAUACAGCGUCCACUAACUGCCAUCGCUGAACCCGAUCUGGACAAUUUUCCAACCAACCGUCUCUCCGUCUGGCAAAGGGCGCAGGACUUUUCCCAGAAGCUGUGGAAAACGUGGACCACAUUGUACCUUUCCGACCUGCACAACCGCACAAAGUGGACACGCCAACGUGACAACAUUUCCGUCGGCACUAUGGUUCUGCUGAUGGACGAGCGGCUUCCGCCGCUGAAAUGGAAUUUGGGUCGUGUGACUGCCAUUUUCCGUGGCUCAGACGAUAACAUCCGUGUAGUAGACGUGCGCACUACGAAUGGGGUCUUCCGAAGAGCAAUCUCGAAGAUUUGCGUACUCCCUAUACGGGACAACGCAAACUCAACCAGCGAAGAGGCAUAA